AUGCACUGGACCCUCACUAUCGCGCGCCUCUUCGUUGAACUUGCAAACUUUAAGAAAGGACAAGAUCUCCCGCAAAUCUAUACCAAUAUGUCACAGCCGACUAGUAUGGCGAGGAGUACAGCUCUCAUGCUGACAAUAUUAAUAUCUGACCUCAUGUUUGUGAGCCCCGUUGCCGUUCCACGAAUUUGGAUUGCAGAGGUCAUAUCUCGACAGAUCUCCAGGCUAUGGAUCGUGUGGAAUUAUAAUCUAUACGUCUUGAUCCUACCUAUAUUUACUACCAUUGGCUAUCUAGACUCUUUGAAUGACUGCAUCCCAGUGGCCAGUGUGGGGGAUCUACGAACACUGAAACAUCUCCCGGAUGACUCAAUACUUACUCAUGCCAUGGAGAGUUGGUUGACGGCGCAAUUCGCCUUCUCAUCCAUGUAUGUUUCUGUGCAACUUAUGCAUCCGUCCUUCCGGGACUCAUUCGACGUCACGGCGGUUUCUUCCAGUGUGAAUAUAUACUGCACAGCCGGAAUCGCCUGGAAAGUCUGGCAAGCGACACACAGUAUCGCUCAUGUCACAUACAGAGGAAGCAAACUCGUGCGUAUUGUACGUAUCGUGAUCGAAAGUGCAGCAGCCUACACGGCAUAUAAACUCUUCUACUUCGGGACAUACGUGGCACACAGCGACCUUCAGUACUUCGCGUUAGACAUGGACUCCCCCGUAGUGGGGAUCACGUUCAUAUUAAUUAUCGUCCGCGUGGGACUCGGGUGGACGGACCAAGCACAGCCAGCGGCUGAUUUGUUGAGACGUAGCACGGCGGAGCAGACCGUUGACAUGCCGCCAUUCGGGAUCAACGUUACGCAGGUGAUACGCCACACAAGAGACACAAGCUCUUCGUCGAAGAUAGGCCCCGAGCUCGUCUGA